AUGGAUUCUUCUACUUUUCACCCAUUUCCAAGACUCCCAGCCGAGCUUCGGCUCCAGGUUUGGGAGCAGGCAUGUCUCCCGUCUCAACGAUACCGACGUGGGCUGCACUACUUCAGACUUGACAAUGACGGCGAAAAGCUCAUCCCGUUCGGCUGGAAUCAGGAAACCCCGUUGGAGCAACCUGACCACGAUAUUCCAGGCAACAAAUCCGCGUAUUUAUGGCACCGGGGCCUCUGGACAGCUUGCAAAGCUUCAAGAGCGGCCGUUAUGAAGCACUCUCGGCUCAGCGCGUGGAAAGAACUGUACGAAAAAGGCGACCGCGAAGGGAAGCUCCCCGGACAAUGCGAUCCCGACUGGGAUAACGGAGAAGAGGAUGUUCAUCCGGGACUAAUUGUCACGGGUGAGGGUCACGAUGCGUGGUAUCUCAUGGUAUACCCCGCCCGAGAUAUUUUCUGCGUUACUUUUAACAACUGGGAAUUUGUUGAACGAGCAUUGGAGAACUCCAAAAUGUUUUAUAAUUUCCCUUUUCUCGGCAUUGAUUGGGCCGCCUUGGGGGUGGAGAAUCUCGCCCUCGAAUUCGAUCCGAGUUGGAACUAUGCCCUUCCGGAGUACAUCUAUGAGUUGAGGAUGGAGGAAUCUCCUCGAGGUCUACUAGCAAAACUGAUUGAUGAAAUGGUGUAUUGGGUGAGUUUCCCCGGCCUUUGGCUUGUCGACAAGAGUGUCCAUUGGCGGGCAGAGCCGGACAGAGACUAUAGCACGGUAUUUUACGAUUGCGACGGCGAGUACGUUGAGAUCGGUUGGGACGAUACGUAUAGCGACCACUCAGGGACGGGGGCAGGCCAGGGUCCUGUCACUUACUUCAUACGCAAGCUUACCGAUUUGUGCGACUCGUAUUACACCGACCUCAGCCGCGGAGACUUGACCCCUGGGUAUCAUGAAGAACUGGUACACCAAUUCUCAGUUAAGGCAUCCGUCAGGCUCCUUGUUCGCCGAGACAAAAAAAGAAGCGAGAGUGACAGCCAGGUGAUGGAGGAUGAGAAUGAGAAUAUGGUGAUGGAAGAUGAGGAUGCGAUGACUGAUGAUGAAGGUUUCUAG